UAAUGCGCACAGAGGACCUUGUUACAGCAGCAAACAAUGAUAGCGACGACGACGCCACAUACCUCUACACUCAAGUGCUUGGAGUUAUGUGCAUGAAGAAACGGAGUUACGGACGUUCGAUAUCAUUGAUCGAACAUGCGAAGAGCCUGGAACCCAAGGACAAACGAUGUCCUCCGCUGGUGACGAUCUCGCUCGCAGGUCUUCUGCUGCUGCUAGCACACUGUCUAUUAAUACAACCUUUCAUGAAGAUGUUUGGAUGGAGUUUCAACGGACUGGAUAUCAUUGCCCAGCAACGUCUUUGUGAGACCCUCUAUGCUGAAGGAUGUACACCGGAAGCCACGGAGAUCCUCCUAAAUAUCAUCCGGACAUCAGACAAGGAGGGAAAUGCAAUUGCGGAUUGGAUCGCAGACCUCCAAAAAAUGUGUUGCGACGCUUGAGCAUGUUGGCGACAAUGCAUACGGAUCUUCAGAACAUGAUGAAGCAAUAACACAGUACUCUGCUGCAUUGUCCCUCUGCCCUCAAAGUCCUGCGAGUUUGCUUAUCAAACGAAACAGAGCUCGAGCUGCGAAAGAGUUGUGGGAGGAUGCACUACAGGAUGCGAACGAGGCGGUGAAUGCGGAUCCCUCCAGCCCUUGGGGCUACGAGGCCAAGCAUGUAGCGCUUCGUGGCAUGAAGCAGUAUGCCGAGGGGAUUGAAGCUUUCAAGUCCAUGCUACACAGAAUGGAACAGUCCCAUGACCCCGCAAUCAUCCAACUCCGUAAGACCUACAUUUCGCCAUCCGACACGAUUGCGGCAAUCGGUUCCGUCGUCAGCGAGAUCUAUUGUCCUCUUGUUGUCAUUGAUGUUGCUACUGGUUACCUUUGCGACGAGACUGAGCGGAUGAGUAUUUUCAAGGCCGAUCCGAGGUUCAAAGAACUUGUUUCAUCCAUGACGAAAAAAGUGGACAAGACGUUGAUCCGACCUGUGGUUGAGAGGUUUUUUGGAUACGUCAUGUUCUCGCACGCAUGGCAGGGGAAGGAGCCGUCGUUCCAGGAUGUCAAUUUAGUCAACUCUGUGUGGGACCUUCCCGACACGCCCCUGAAUAACAAGUUGCGUAAUUUCUGCCAGGAAACGCGCAGGUUUGGUUACCGUUGGGCGUGGUCCGAUACGUGUUGCAUCGACAAGCUCAACAGCUCCAUCCUUAACGAAUCCCUUACUUCAAUGUACAGAUGGUAUGCGAAUUCGGCAGCCACACUUGUGUUCCUUGCCGACGUAGCGCAUCCAUCCAAGCCUGAGGACCUUAGGUGUAGUAAAUGGAUGACCCGAGCUUGGACUUUACAAGAGCUUCUCUCACCGAACGUCAUCUCUUUCUAUGACUCCGAGUGGAAACCAUACCUCGGUGAUAUUGGCAUGAACCACAAGCAAUCCCCGGGGAUCAUGCAAGAACUAGCAGACGCUAUUAAGGUUCUGCCUGGAACUAUCGUCUCCUCUCCAGACGAUCUUGGGGUUCGCGAAAAGCUUCGUCUCGCUUCUACACGCAAUGCGACAAAGGAGGAGGACAUCGCAUACUCUCUGAUCGGCAUAUUCAAGUCUGAUAUCAGGCCCCAUUAUGGCGAACAAUCCGACGCUCUCGGACAUCUCCUGGAGGAGAUCGUGGCUCACACCGGCGAAGUCACCAUACUUGCGUGGUCAGGGACGUCGUCGUCGUACAACAGUUGUCUCCCGGCUUCCAUUUCCGUCUACAGCCAAAUUCCUUACAACCCUCCGUCACUCGAAGGAGAAGAAAUGGAAACACGCAUCACAAAAUUACGUGGCAAGUUACCCCAGGAAGUUGCCCUAAGCAUUUACAAUCAAAUCAAGCUUCUUCCGCCUGCGCGUUUUAGUACCCGACGUCUACACUUUCCAUGCGUCAUCUUCUCUGUCAGAAAACUGGAGCUAUGCAGUGGCAGUGAGAAGCUGUAUCGUGCCAGGGUAUCAGGGCUUGGAAAAGUGGAGUUCUCGACUGCCGACGGUCUUCCACUGCACGAGGCACAGAAAUUUGUCUUCGUACAUCCGUGGAUUGAUCAUAUCCGAGGUCCCGACAGUGUGGUUGCCUGGGGAGAUGACGCGGAGUCUGAUGCUGACACCAACUGCGAUUCGGAUCACGACAUUGAGUCGGAUGGAGAUGGGCCGUCUUCGCCGUUACACGCUAUCCCCCCUGAAGUUCACGGCUAUACCCGAGCACUGCAAGUGAUUGCUCGCCUCGGACAGCCGUUCAGCGCGUUGCUGCUCCUACAGCAGCCAAAGGGAGAGUACAGGAGGGUUGCCACAGAGGAAGAGAUUGUCAUUUCAGGACUUGGAACCAACAUCACACCCACGAACAUUCGGGUGGGGGUGUUAGAAAUCCUUUGACGUGUAUAUGGGGGAUUGCUGGCCGUUAAAGCUGGUCUGCCUUUCUUCCUUCAGCGGUCAUUUUUUGUGUCCGUAUUUCCGUGCUGUUUUCGUAGCCUUUGCUCAUCGUCCUCAUCGUACCCCUCCGGACGUCCUCAUAUCUGUUAUUUAUUAGUACGCAUGGUCCUAAUCCAGCCCAACCAAAUUUAUCCAUCAGCCAACGUACUGAC